GAUUUAUUAGAGGACGACCCCACAAAAGAAGGUGAAGAAGCCAUUAACCAUCCAAACCCUCUAGUCCAACAGAUAAGGCAAAGAUAGCCCCAAAACUUAACAUCCAUCACACAAUUUUCCCUAUCACACACACAUAUAACCCCUUUCACUCUUGACUUCAUCCCCCCAAACACAUAGUUGAUACUUCAUCCUCUGACCCCAGCACUACCUAUGGCCACCAUCACUGCCGCUUCAGCAGCUUCCACCUCAUACUUCUUCGGAACCCGGAUCCACAACCCUGCAGCCGGAGCCUCCUCUGGCUCCAGGUUCCAAGCCCGGUUCAGCUUACCAUUCGGAAAGAAGAAGGCACCACCGCCUCCUCCUCCUCCUCCAUCCAAGAAAUUUUCUGGCAAUUCUAGCGAUGAUCGCCUAGUGUGGUUCCCUGGGGCUGAGGCCCCAGAGUGGCUCGAUGGCUCCAUGAUCGGGGACCGCGGUUUCGACCCUUUCGGGUUUGCCAAACCGGCCGAGUACUUACAGUACGAUUAUGAUGGUUUGGACCAGAAUUUGGCCAAGAACGUGGCUGGAGAGGUGAUUGGUGUCAGGGUUGAGACCAAUGAUGUCAAUCCGACGCCGUUUCAGCCAUAUUCUGAGGUGUUUGGAAUACAGAGGUUUCGUGAGUGUGAGCUCAUUCAUGGAAGGUGGGCCAUGUUGGGAGUUCUUGGGGCUCUUUCGGUUGAAGCUCUCACUGGUGUUGCAUGGCAAGACGCUGGAAAGGUGGAGUUGAUUGAAGGAUCAUCGUACCUUGGUCAGCCACUUCCAUUCUCAUUGACAACAUUGAUAUGGAUAGAGGUGUUAGUAAUCGGGUACAUUGAGUUCCAGAGAAACGCAGAGCUUGACCCAGAGAAGAGGCUGUACCCAGGUGGCCAAUUCUUUGACCCAUUGGGCCUUGCUGCCAAAAGCCCAGAAGAGUUCGAGAGGCUUCAACUCGCUGAGAUCAAACAUUCUCGUCUUGCUAUGAUUGCCUUCCUCAUUUUUGGGAUUCAAGCCGCUGUUACAGGCAAAGGCCCUAUUAGUUUCAUAGCAACCUUUACUAAGUGAUAUAUAUAUACAUAUUAUGUAUAAACAAUUCCAUUUUCUUUCCCGAAUUCCCAUUUUCCAACCAACAAAGUUACUACUCUCUCUCUCUCCCCUCUAAUUCAUUCAUAUCUUUUUCUACUUCAAUCAAAAGUACGUAGUGCACUAUAUAUUACAUUACAUUUUAUAUAUAUAUGAUUUUUCUGUAUUUAUGAAA